AUGAAUCCAUUAUCCGUAGAUUCCAUAUCACCGGUCGAUUCCGACUCUAAUCUCUCGCAAUAUUCAUUUACAAAUUCAUCGAUACCUUCAAUAUCAUCAUCAAAAACGUCGACAACAAUUACAAUGAAUCAAUCAGAUCCAUGUUUAGAUACAUCUUCAGGAUAUUUACCAAAUCAUCAAUCAAACCAAUUUGUCCUUUCUUCAUACCAAAAUGAUGAAGAAGAGACUACAGUGCACCUGAACAAUCAAUCGAAGCGUAAACAUUUGAAAAAAUCGAAAUCUAAAGAAUCUGUUACGGCCAAACGGCGCAAUGAGCGAGAGCGACGCCGUGUCCAAUUGGUUAAUGAUGGCUUUAGUGAAUUACGCAAGCAUGUCCCAACAGAUUCCGAAAAUCGCAAAUUAUCGAAGGUCAAAACUUUAAGAUCGGCUAUAGAAUACAUCAAACAAUUGCAAUCGCUACUAGAAAAGCAAACUGUUCCAGAAGCACCUAGAAGAAAAGUUUAUGCUCGUCAGAGCAUGCUAAAGAAAUCAAAUGUGAAAGGCAAGACUAAUUUGGGAUAUAUCAACUUUGAAGUACUCCUAGAGAAUAUUUCUGAUUCCGUAAAUGAAAGAACUUAUGAGUUAGCAGACGUUGAAUUAGACUAUCUAUGCCAUCUGAGGAUAAUAAUCUACAUCUCUGGAAAUAGAGCAUGGAUUCAAUAA